CCCUAUGCGGUGCUGCCACGCCCACGCGUCAGGGAAUUAGAAUUUCUUGCUUCCUUAUAAAAAUACAAAAGAAAAACGAAAGAGAAACCGUCGAGAAGAGUAUAUUAUUUUUAUUUCUAUUGAUCUCGUCGUGUUUUUUGUGGCGUGGAGAAGAGAAUCAAGAGAUUUCGACCUCAUAAAUUUGGUUGGCGAGGGUUGAAACCAAACCCUUUUCCCCUGUGUACAUGAUACACAAAAGCGCUCCUAGCUCCUUCGGGCAACAAUAUAUUAUAAUAUAAUAGGAGUAAGAAGAAAAUCAGGCAGCCUCUUAAUUACUUGCGCCCGAAUUGUUAUUUCCAUCAUCAGAAUCCCAUCAUUUUAUUUUAUUUUUUUUUUUUGUUUCCCGGAUUUCCUCCAUCGGCGGGUCUUCUUGGAAGUUGGAACCGAUCUAAAUUUUUGUCACUCUGCGAAUCUAUUCGUAUCUCCUCUUAAUUAUUCGGAAACGAACAGUAGUAUUAUUAUUUGGUUUGUGUGUGUGUUGGGGGGGAGGGAGAGGGAGAGGGAGAGGGAGAGGGGGAGGCGACGAUCAUGGCUGGAGCUGGAGGAGGUCGGUCGAUGGCGAUCGGUUCUGUCGCGGCCGCCGCGGUCGAUACGUUUCCCUCCGCCCCGUGUCUCUGCGUGGAUGCUCUCUGCAUCGCCGGGCUGAGCUUCAGAGGCCGGGGAAAGGCGGGAAGGAGGCCGCCGAGCUCGCUGGAGAUGAGCAGCUCCUCCUUCCUCGGCGCCUGGAAUGGCCGUCGCCCCUCCUCCGCGGUUCGCCCCAGGAAGCCGCAAAGAAGAAGCAAGAGGAGCGGCUGCGCCGGUGGCCGUCUUCUUGUCGUGGAUGAUCUCGGCGGGCAGUAUGAAGAGGGAUUUGAAGAUGUUCAUGCGCAACUUAUCAAUUACUUCACCUAUAAAGCUAUCAGAACUGUUCUUCACCAGCUUUAUGAAAUGAAUCCACCAAGUUACAGCUGGCUCUACAACUUUGUUGCUGCCAACAAACCAACUGAUGGAAAACGUUUUCUUCAGAUGCUCGGGAAGGAGAGACAAGAACUGGCGGAGAGAGUGAUGAUAACACGCCUUCACCUAUAUGGUCUAUGGAUAAAGAAGCUGGAUCAUGCAAAAAUGUACCAAAAGAUAUCUGAUGAGAAUCUACAGUUGAUGCGAGAACGGCUAAUGGAAACAGUCAUAUGGCCAACUGAUGACACAAACACGGAGAAAAUUGGCUAGGAUAUGAGGAAAAGACUCAGUUGCCAGGAUCCCAUCUUCCUUAUAUUUCACUUGAGGCACCAAAUUAGAUUUAAUAUUUUCUGCCUAGGGAGAUUCAGUAUGUACAUAAAUUUACUCAAAAUCAAGUAAAAGAAUCAUUACUUUGGUGUAUUUCACCAUUUUGAUCAAUCUUUUGCUCUGUUGUGCGACAUCAACUUCAAAUUUACCUAGAUAAUUUGUUGUACGAAA